UUUUGGUGGGAACGCGAGGUGUGAAGUUGUGCGAUUUGUUUUAUUUUGUCUAUUUAAUGUUUCUUCAGGUUUAAAUGUGUAAUAACAGUGGCUUAUUAACUGUUUAGUAUCUGUAUCUGCCGUUGAACGUAACUUCUCGGGAUCCUCCAAAAAGUCCACUGAAAAAGUCUCAGUAAACGACCACCAUUUUACUGAGAUUAUAUUUGAUCCCAUGUCAUCCCAUCUCAUUUCAUUUCAUCCCAGUUGAUUAAUGUCUCAAAUUCUUCAUUUCAUUUCAUAAUAUCAUUUUUCAUAAAAAUAUCCCAUAUCAUAUUAUCUCAUCUCAUUUCGUUUCAUUUCAUGCCAUGUCAUAUUAAUCAGCUUCAUUUCAUUUAAUUAUAUCAUAUUUCAUAAAAUAAUAUAUAUAAAAGAUUAGUCUGUAUAGUGUGAUACUCUAGCCUUUCCAUUUGGAAAAAUAAAACUACUACUACUCAAGUUUGUCAUUUAACAUCACUGUCUGAUCAAAGGUGGAUCAAAGUUGUUUUGAAAUUUGUCCAUUGUCAAAUUAUUAAUAUAAUGUUAUUACUUACAUAUUCUAAGUAAUUUCUGAAUAAAAAUUGAGCAAUCCAUGAAUGCGUGUCAAUUUUGUUGACCUUUAAAAGAAUACUGUACUAAAUACAUCAAUAAACGACGCAACAGUAACAAAUCCACAAUGGGCGAACGCAAAGGUCAGAAUCUAUACUAUCCCCCCGACUAUGAUCCAAAAGUGGGGGGACUCAAUAAGUUCCAAGGCACCCAUGCUUUGAGAGAGCGUGCCAGAAAGCUCCACAUGGGUAUCCUUAUCAUUCGCUUUGAAAUGCCGUACAACAUCUGGUGUGACGGGUGCAAUAACCAUAUUGGCAUGGGAGUGAGAUACAAUGCAGAGAAGAAGAAGAUAGGAAUGUAUUACACCACUCCGGUAUACCAGUUUAGAAUGAAAUGUCAUCUGUGUGAUAAUCACUUUGAAAUCAAAACUGAUCCAGGGAACUUGGAUUAUGUGAUAGUGUCAGGAGCUCGGAGACAAGAAAACAGAUGGGAUCCCACAGAGAACGGUCAGAUUGUUCCGGAAACCAAAGAAGCACAGAAAAAGUUGUUUGACGAUGCCAUGUUCAGACUAGAACACAAGAAGGGUGAUGAGGAUCUAUCUAAAACUGAUAAACCAAGGCUCGGUAGAUUGGUAGGAAGGAAUGAGGGUGUGUGGAAGGACGAUUAUGAAGCUAACUGCGCUUUGAGGAGAAAUUUUAGGAAAAGAAGGAAAGAGCUUGAGGAAUCCUCAGUUAAUGAUAGUAUACUGCUCUCCAAGUCUUCUCUCGACAUAGAUCUUUUACCAGAAACCGAAGAAGACCGUAAUUUAGCCAACCUGCUCUCACUAAAACCUUCAAAAAGCAUAGAAGAGAAACAAAUCCAUGUUCGCAAGAGUAUACUGAACAGUCCAGCAUUACCGAGCUCAAGUGGAUUGAUAACUAGUUUCGGAGGUCUUAAAAAAGAAGAACAAUUAAAGAAAAGCAAGAUGCUAAGUAGAAAUUUAUUGGGGAUUUCUGUUAAAAAGAAAUUUAACAAAACAGAAAAAGGUAACAAUGCGGACAAAGAUGAAGUAGAGAAAUCUAGUGUGAGUACUUUAGAAGUAUGUGCAGAGAGGAAUGUAAAGAAUACAGAAUGUGAUGAACACAAGAUAAAUGGUGAUUCAAUAGAACGGCCAGAACAGUUACGUGAAAUAAAUACUCAAAAUCGUGAGAAAGAAAAAAUACAAGAUAAAGAAAUAAAUAACAGAGAUUGUGAACAUCACACAAAUUUAGUAGUGACCAGUGAAAAGUUAAAUGAUGAAUGUUUGAAAGGAAAAGAUGGGAAUUCAAACAAAGUAUCUUUGGUGGUUGAUUACAGUUCCAGUGGAGAUGGAUCUGAGGAUGAUGGUUGAAUAAUAAAUAUAUUUUACUACCCCUU